AUGUCGGCUCUCCGUUCCGCGCUCCCCUCCACACUACGCGAACUACGUCUGUUCGGGUGUCAGAGUUCGCCCGCCAGUGCGGGACUAAGGUCAAUAAUCAAUAAGCUAGCUUGCUGGCUGUUACCGUGUAGCGAACUCCAAGAGCUCCCUUACCUGAUCGCUUUCGCUGUCUCCCUCCCCAUCCAACAUAGGGCCUUCAUCGAAUCGUCCUACCCGGCCAUCAAGAAAGCGAACCCUACGCUACCGAUCUUGAUCAGGGAAGCGCAAGGCGUACCGGCGAGGGCUUUCGCUAGGUUCGGUAAGCGAGUCCUCGCGCGGUCAUUGAGAUCGAUUUUUUUUUUUUUUCUUUUUUUCUUUGUCACUCAUGAUGAGUCACCCCUUUGGGUCAUAGAACAUGGUCGAGAGAGAUCCGUUGUUCUGCAAGGGUUGGGGUCCGCACAAGAGGUCGAAAAGAGGAUCGAGGAAUUGCUCAAGUGA